AUGGCGUCUCAGGCGUCUUCUCUUGACUCGCCACCCUCCCCGCCGACCGCAUCCCCCACCGGUUCUAUGCAGAGCGGCAAUACGACACCAUCUGCCUCUCAAGGAUCCCCGCAACCCAAUGUGGAUUCCUCGUCACCCACGGUCCUGAGGGAGAGUCGCCCAGCGGGUCAACACCCCAAGGGCAAGAGGAAUAGGACAUCACCUGCGGACAAGGCCAUACUCGUGAAGGCCUAUAGCGAGAACCCACAACCAAACCAGGAGGAGAUUGCUGAUAUCACAUCGCGGGUCUCCAUGAACAAGCAGGCUGUGCGCAUUUGGUUUCAAAACAGACGGCAAAAUGAUCGGCGUAAAGCACGCCCAUUGUCGCCCCAGCUGAUCGAAAGCAUCAUCCAAGGCCGUAUCUCUCUGUCACGUUUCAAUGAGCUGCCUGAAAACGCGACGUUUUCCGAGAUGGCCCCGCCUGCAUCCCAGGACAUGUCGCCGUCAGAGCAACGCGAAUAUUCUUCUAUCCGCUCUGAUUUCACUCCUGGGGACCAGCGGGAGGUCGCCCGGGAGCGAGCCUCUCUAUCGUUUGAAGGCGUAGGUACCUCGCCAAUGGCAGAGACACCGGCUCCGGCUUCUUCGUGGGCAGCAUCUGGCCAGCCUGGAUCCGAGCAUUUCUCUCCUGCAUCUCUACCGCCGCCGAGCUCUUCCGGCACAGAUCACGAUGCUUGGGGGCAGAAGCCGAGUUCCCAAUUGUCACAGUUCCGUCUGUCGAUGUCAGCGACAGGCCAAGCUGAAAUCACGACAGAAUCGCCCCCUCGCCCAAUCCUUCCGCAAACGCCCUUGGCCGCUGUUCCUUGGCCGGAGCUUUCUCGACCUUCUGAUCUCCGCCGGUCCAUCAGCUCGGUUGGCUCCGCGAGUAGCAGCCGGCGUGUUUCCAGCCUCAAGCGCAGCCGAUCGAGCAAUGUGCAAGUCUGGGAAAAUUGUGCUACCUCGGAGAACCGGGAAGACCCUCUUAUCGCCCAGGCAAAGCACGAAAGCAGCGGCUCGGCCAUCGCAGAAAUCAGCCUGCUGAGAUCCCUCAGUUCGGCCAGCAGCAGCCCCCUUGACCACAGGAUUAACGGGAGCGCUAGCCAGGGGAAACGCCGCGAUCUAAACGUGGCUAACGGUACGGAAGCUAGAUCGUCUAGCUCCAAGAGACGCAAGCUGGAAAGGUCGUGGAGUACCCAAGCAAGGAUUGAAACAAGCUCAAUUCUUCGCCCACGACAAAACAUUCAAAGCAAGUCGGCCGCUCCCACUCACUCUGGCGAUAAAUCCAAGCCCGUUGUGGCGGGCAUUGACGAGGUCUCAGUACUGGCGUAUGAGUCUGAUAAGGAGAACGUAAGCCCGGACGAGGACGGCAAUCCGCGCCCGUUCCGCCGCACUUUCUCCUCGGUCUCUGGCCGUCGCCGUCUCCCAUCAGGCCCCUCAACCACCGACAAGGCCAGCCAAAAUCCACGUCGUACCUCGGUCCAGGAUGUCCAACGCCGAACAUCGCUUGCCCGUAGUGCAACUUCGCCUUCAUCUUGGUCCGAAUAUCCCAAGCAGUAUCAAAUGACGGGUAGUCGCCAGCACGGCCGUGUCAGUGGGAUUUACUCCCCGAAAAAGGCCCGGUCGUCCGUCUUGAUGAUCUAUGAAGACGUGGAUGAGGGAGAUCGUUUAGCGAACUCAGAUCAUGAUGUCAAGGAUAGCAGUGACAGUGAGAAUAAAGGCAGCGAUACCGGAGGUCGGCGCGGCUUCUUCGACAGUGACGACGUCCACCGCUUCAUGACGGGUGAUGUGAGUCCCAGCAAGAAGAAAGAGGUGGAUGCCGCGGCGAACUUAAUCGCACUCAAGUUCGCACGAUAA